CCCUAUCUCAAAAAAAAAAAAAUAUAUAUAUAUAUAUCUGACCAAUUCAAAGCGUUUAUCUUUCUUUUGUUCACCCAAGAAACGAAUAAAUAAAUCCACUUUGGAAUGGAAUUUUCAUUUUAUUUUAUUUUCAUUCAAAGCAAAACAAACAAACAAAACGCCUCUGAAAUCUCUGACCCCCCAUAAUAGUUUACUCAUAAAAUCUGCAUGUGUACGUCGAUGCUUACCUCGUCCCAUACAUGGCAUUGGUAAUUUGGUGUCCUUCUUCUCUCUCUCUCUCUCUCUCAUUUAAUGCCUUUUUAUACGAUUCUUAUGAGAGAAAAAUAUGGCAGAAAAUAGUACCCUCCUAGGCUUUCUCUUUCUCUCUCUUUCCUUUUCAAGGUUUUUUCAGUUACUUGAAUACAAUCAAAAUUCAUCCCAUUCUUUUCAUAUUAUAUAUAUAUAUAUAUAUAUAGAUUUCACACCUCUGACCUCACCCCAUAUACCUCUCUUAUAAAUAUACACCACCACCCUUGAUCUGCUUUUUGUUUCCUAUGCGUCCUUGGAAUAUCAAACAAAAGGAGGGGGAGAUAGAGAGUUUCUUUAGUUUCUUUGAUCCAAAGGAGAAAACCCGUUUGAGUUUUUGAUCUGAUAUGUGGUAAAAGAAAAGGGUUUUUUUUUUUUUUUGUUCUUUUGAGGGGUUUCUGGUUGGUUGGUUGAUUGAAGAAAAGGAGAGAAUGGCCAUACAAGCGCAGUUGUAUUCAGAUAAUAUUGGGUUUCCAUUGUCCGGUUCUCAGGAUUGGAUUGAAAAUGGUUGUGGCGGUGUUGGUGGGUUUAAUCAAUUUUGUUUCAGUCUUCAACAGAAAUCGCAGCUACAACAAUUGCAACAACAGCAACAGUUUCAGCAACUUCAAAAUCAGCAGCCAAGGAAUCAAAGUCUUUAUUUUGACAACAGUCUUGUUCCCUCCCCUUUGAAGAACAACAACAACAGCAACAAUCGUGAAUCAAUGAUGUAUUGCCAAAGCACGGUUUCUCAAGUUGAGAAUCAAAGACAUGAGAUUGAUCAAUUUAUCACAUCACAGAACGAGAGAUUGAGGUUGUUACUGCAAGAACAAAGAAAGCAACAAGCUGCAGUCAUGGUAAAUAAAAUUGAAUCAAAGGCAUCUCUUUUGCUUAGACAAAAGGAUGAAGAGAUAGCAAAAGCAACAAAUAAAACAAUGGAGCUACAAAAUCUGUUGAAGAAACUUGAGAUGGAGAACCAAGCAUGGCAAAUAGUGGCACAGGAAAAUGAAGCAAUGGUACUGUCUUUAAACAACGCGAUUGAACAGCUAAGAGAGCGAGCUUCUUCUUGUUUUAACAAUGGAGUAGAUGAUGCAGAAUCAUGCUGUGAAGUGAACAGAGAAGGAAUGGAAACAGAGGAAAACAGAGGUUUUGCAGGGCUUGUUGCCGAUCAAGGACAAGAACAAGACGAAGAAAGACCAAGAAAGAUGAUGACAAUGGUUUGCAAAUGCUGCAAUUCUCGAAGUUCGUGCGUUUUGUUCCUUCCUUGCAGACAUCUUUGUUCAUGCAAGGAUUGUGCAGCUUUUCUUGAUUCUUGCCCCGUUUGUAGAACGGCAAAGAAAGCUUGUAUAGAGGCCUUGAUUUCUUAAGCAGUAGCAAAAAAAAUUCCGGGUAAAGUGAGUAAAGAAAAAAAAAAAGGAACAAAACAGAAAAUCUGAUGAUGACGGUGAACAUAAACCCAUGUGGAUGUUAGAUAUUGGUCUC